CUGGGCGUUCCGUAGCGCGAGAUAUUACUCAACACGCGCCAAUGUGAGAGCUCGUCGUGUACCUCUAAAGUCAUACAGCGGUCUGGAGUUAUAUGCGAGAACAGUGGUGAAACUUGGAACAACUUACUAUUAACCAUUAUUUUUGUGUAAAUCUCCCGGAAAACUCCAAACAUAAGCCAAAUGGUGUCGUGUUUUAUGUUUUGGGGUUUUACUUGAGUUCGAGUGGAACUGAACGGGGGAGCCGAACUGUUCGUCAAGUGGAGUCAUUUUGGACAUUUCAAGCGGAUACAUACAAAAUAGUACCGAGGUCUGUCUCGAUUCGAAAGCAACGCUGUUAUGGGGUUGAAGUUCUUGAUAUUUUUCUGCUCGUCGAGGAUAUAAGUUUGGUGAUUUGUUAAAAUCAGCGUUUUUACACAAUUAGCCUUGGUCAGCGUCAUGACUUCUGGCUAUGCGCAUGUAAUGGACAGACAAGCUUCGCGCCUGGAGAGCCCCUUAUCAGCAAAUCUGGAAUCACUGCAGGCCAAGAAAAACUUCACUGUCAGUCACCUGUUGGAUUUGGAGGAGGCACGGGAGAUGGUGGGAGCUCAGGCCGACGAGAGCGCCGGGGAGGUGGGGAGGAAUAUGAUGGAGUCCCCGGGGUUGACCAGCGGGAGUGAUACUACGCAGCAGGAUAAUGAGCAUGUGAGUUCAGAGGAGAAGAAGAAGCGUAAGCAGCGUCGCAACAGAACAACCUUCAACAGCAGUCAGCUACAGGCCUUGGAGAGGGUGUUUGAGAGGACCCACUACCCUGACGCCUUCGUCAGGGAGGAUCUGGCACGCAGGGUGAACCUCACUGAAGCACGAGUGCAGGUGUGGUUUCAGAACAGGAGGGCUAAGUUCCGUCGUAACGAGCGAGCCAUGUUGGCCAAUAAAAACGCCUCCAUGUUGAAGUCCUACUCUGGUGAUGUCACAGCGGUGGAGCAGCCAAUUGUACCUCGCCCUGCCCCUCGGCCUAACGACUACUUGUCCUGGGGCUCCACUUCACCAUACAGUGCCAUGGCUACAUACCCCCCAACUUGCUCCACCACCACCUCAGUCCAGGGUGUGAACAUGGCCAACAGCAUCGCCAACCUCCGGCUCAAGGCCAAGGAGUACAGCCUCAACCAGGUACCCACCGUCAACUGACGAAGAUCAUGAGGAACAGGAGGAAUAUACAGACUGACUUCUAGAAAGCUAUGUCUUUCUUUUUUGUCAGCGCACCAUAAUUUCGAUGAAUGUAUUUUAGGGUGUUUCUGAGUGCACAACUGUCAACCGGAACCUGGGCCCGAGCACCAGAAACAAGUAGACGUGCCACGUCUAGUGACGUCGGCAUGACGACAAACAACCGCGACCGAAAUCAAUGCGUAAAAAAACAUGUAGCCAGCAAACAGUUGGAGGAAACAGAGAGUGACUGAUCAUUUAUUCAACAUUGUUCCAGAGACAUUUAGUACAGACUUCCUCAUCUGAAACAAUCCCUGGAACCAACAGAAGAUGUGACACCUUUGCCUUCGAACGCUACAUACGACUUAGGAGAGAGAAUUUCAUCACCGUCUUAACUUCUUUUCUAUUAGUUUUUGGAGAACUGUCGAUGGACACGCCGAGGCUUGGGCGGAGGCUCGGUGGAGGAUCCCAACAUUCUCUCCUGAAGUUGUGAUAAUGCAGUGUGUUGACAUCCAUGACAUGAGACAAACGCCUCAGGUUCCAUGAGAGGGAGGGACACGCUACACCCCUCGUCCAAUAGAAACAUGAAGACUCAACGCUGUUUAUCCCUGUUUGUAUUAUUUUUUGGUUUUGUCGGCUGCAUUAGUCUUUUGAAUUUAAUAGCUUUUCUAACCUCUAUAUACUGACAUAUAUCAUUAUUUAGUAACGAACCUUUACAACCAAGAGAUGCCAACACCUCGUACUGUACCGUAACCAAGUCACAGGGUUUGUGCUUAACAACGCUGAUGAAAAAACACAUAGUAUUUCCAUUUGGGUUUCUUUAUACUUUUUCCAUCUUCAAUAGGAGUCACCCUCUAUUCUGGUAGCUGUUGCAGGCAACAGUGAUCUAUAGGGGGGGACAACAACUACAUACUGCCAUGUACUCAGUAGCCAAAUGACUUUUACAAAUAAACAUAGAAGAAAAUAUGUUUGUAAUGG